AUGGUCAGAAGUCUCAGUGAUGAGAGUGAACAUGACGGCAUCGGAAGAUGGUUUGACAACGAUGACGAGUCAGUUCAAUCGCCACAACAAAUUCCCAUGGGAGAGGACCAGGACGCUAAGGAAAUCCCUGUCGACGUUGGCUCACCGAAGGAGAUGCUAGCCUACCUGAACGAUUUCCAACAAAAGACUGAGGAAGUUCGACUAUUGCAACCUGUUACAGACGUACCAUCAGUGCUGUCUGUGCCUUCACUGAACCUAUCAGAUGAGACGAUCAGCUGUAGCUGCAGCCUGCGAUCCUUUCGCAAUGCUACCAGUUCAUCUGCUGAUGACGAGACUGCAACUUUGGAACGAUGCGGUCCUGCGAUGGCAGAGUAUGAUUACGAUGAAGAUGCCCAGGAUGCUGCUUCAGACUCUUCGUCAGACAGGUCUGGGAGUUUUUCUCCGGCCUCCUGCCCGUCACCAAGUAACACAAAUAUCACAUCACCGGGCUCAGAUGGGUCUUACCAGGAUUCUAUAGCCUCAUUGGAAGACAUGUCUGGAGGUGCCUACGAGCCCUUUCCAACCGAGAUAGCUCUAGGCUCUGACUGGGGCUACGGGAGUGACCCAGAAACAAACUAUUUGGAUCAGCACGAUCAGGCCCGUGAUGGAGACCACAAUGACAACGGUGAAGCGAACGAAUCUGCGCGCCAGAAGGAGCCUACAUCCACUGAAAUUGGUAGCGCAGAGGCUACAGAAACCAGCGCUCUAGUACAACACAAGGACCAGCCACCCAAGCGUGCGGCUGGGGAUGACGAGAACGAGCAUCAACAAGUAUCACGGGCCAAAAAGUCUAAAAGACAAGAGGACUCCCACCUCAGGCUGGCUUGCCCUUUCUAUAAGCACGACCCGAUUCAAUAUCGCCGCUGUCAUUCUCACGUCCUCAAGCGCAAUAGCUACGUCAAGCAACAUCUCUUCCGCUGCCACAUGCAGCCCAUCCACUGCGACAUCUGUCUGAGCGUAUGGCCGACUGUCGAAGACCUUCGAGAGCAUCGCCGUGCUCAAGUAUGCGAGAGGCGAGAGUACAUCGCCCCCGAUGGAAUCACCCCCGAACAAGAACGCAAACUUCGAUCGCGGCUUGGAGGCCCGAACAAAUCAGAGAGUGAUCAGUGGUUCGAUAUCUAUAGUAUUAUUUUCCCAAAUUCUGAAAAACCAAAAUCGGCGUAUCUGAACGGCGAAUUGUCCGAAGAUGCAGAGAGUCUACGCGAGUUUAUGGAAGGUCGCGGGACGAAUUUGAUAAUGGAACAAUUAGUAAUGUCAGGCCUCGUUAUGAAUGAAGAUAAUAAUAGUAGCUGUGAGAUGGAGAGGAAAUUUCAGAGAAGUGUGCAAAACGCUCUAAGAACUAUGUUUGAGGGAUGGCAGAGUCGGAGAGGGGGAACUGGUGAAGAUGAUGGCGAUCGAGAGACGAAAAGGCCGAAGCCAACGCCUAGAGAGUUUCCAUACACCAAGACUCAGACGCCUGUGAGGACUGACACUGGAAGUACGAACACCACUGCGACAAUGCUGGAAGAUCAACUUGAAGGGGAGCAGAUCGGGCCAACUACUACGUCUCCCCAGCAAACAGAAGAGGUUGCCCACGGACUCUGA